AUGUGGCAGAUCGGGAACAUGUAUGCCAUUGCGGCCAUCGCCGUCAUCGGUGGUGGCCUCUUUGGUUUCGAUAUCUCUUCUAUGUCCGCUAUUAUCACCACUGAGCCCUAUUUGUGCUACUUCAACGAAGGCCCUAUUGAAUACAAGGAUGGAAAGCCCAAUUGCAAGGGUCCUUCGGCUGAUGUCCAAGGUGGUAUCACCGCCUCGAUGGCGGGUGGCUCUUGGCUGGGCGCUUUGUGCUCUGGUUACUUCUCCGAUAUCUUUGGCCGUAAGCAUUCGAUCAUGAUUGGUGCUGUGAUUUGGUGCAUUGGUUGUAUCUUGGUCUGCGCUUCCCAGAACAUUGCCAUGUUGAUCGUCGGCCGUGUCAUCAAUGGUUUCAGUGUCGGCAUCUGUUCUGCCCAGGUCCCUGUCUACAUCUCCGAGAUUGCUCCCCCUACUAAGCGUGGCCGUCUGGUCGGUCUCCAGCAGUGGGCUAUCACCUGGGGUAUCAUGAUCAUGUUCUACAUCUCGUACGGAUGCAGCUACAUCAAGGGCGUUGCCGCCUUCCGUAUCCCCUGGGGCCUUCAGAUGGUUCCUGCCAUCCUUCUUUUCCUCGGAAUGUGCCUCCUGCCUGAAUCGCCCCGUUGGCUCGCCCGUAAGGACCGCUGGGAAGAGUGCCACGCUGUUCUCACCCUGGUUCACGGCAAGGGUGAUCCUAACUCUCCCUUUGUCCUGCGCGAGUACGACGAGAUCAAGGCCAUGUGCGAAUUUGAGCGCCAGAACGCCGACGUUACUUACAUGGAACUACUCAAGCCUAACAUGAUCAACCGUACCCACAUCGGUGUCUUCACCCAGAUCUGGUCCCAGCUGACCGGCAUGAACGUCAUGAUGUACUACAUUACUUAUGUCUUUGCGAUGGCCGGCCUGGAGGGCAACAAUCUACUUGUUUCCUCCAGUAUCCAGUACGUUAUCAACGUGGUGAUGACCGUCCCCGCCCUGCUGUGGGUCGACCGCUGGGGUCGCCGUCCUACCCUUAUUAUCGGGGCCCUGUGCAUGUUGACCUUCUUGUUCGCCAACGGCGGUCUGAUGGCCUCCUACGGCCACGCGGCGCCCCCCGGAGGUUCCGGACCCGCUGCUGCGCAGUCCUGGAUCAUUCGCGGCCCCGCCAGCAAGGCGGUCAUUGCCUGCACCUAUCUCUUUGUCGCCAGUUACGCCAUUACCUGGGGACCCGUGUCGUGGGUGUACCCGCCUGAGUUGUUCCCCCUGCGUGUGCGUGGCAAGGCCAACGCGCUGUGUACGUCCGCCAACUGGGCCUUCAACUUCGCUCUCGGCUACUUUGUCCCGCCCGCCUUCGUCAACAUCGAAUGGCGUGUCUACAUCGUCUUCGGUGUGUUCUGCACGGCCAUGUGCAUCCAUGUCUUCUUCAUGUUCCCGGAGACUGCGGGUAAGACUCUCGAGGAUGUCGAGCAGAUCUUCACCGAUCCCAACGGCCUGCCGUACAUCGGUCGUCCCGCCUGGAAGACCCGCAACGAGGUGUCACGUGCUGUGAUGAUCGAGCAGGUUGGGUUCGACGAUGAGGAAAAGCGUGCUGGCAGUGUUACGGUGCAUGAUGAGCAUACGGUUUAA